AUGUCGAAAGGAACAGUAACACAAUCGUCGUCACGUCUGCUUUGUGCCAACAAUGACGACCGGCCGCAGUCCAAGGACCUUCAGGACUUGUACUCAGCCCUCCUCGCCAGUCUAUUACCUCUCGUCCCUCACCGUGUCCGCUUUAUCAAGAUGGAGCACACAUUCCUCGCAGAAGAUGCUAUUCACAACCUCGGUAACCUCAAACUGACCCAGUCAAAUCGAAUGCCCGAUCCCAACAACCCCUUGGGCACUGUCGUAUCCACUUCCACAACCACCUUUUCCAUGAACCAAGCCACAGCCCGAAACCUAUGCCAACAAUUCGUCGAUGCCCGCUACAUUGAGUCCGCCGAUGGCAAGCCUGAUCAGCUAUUUAAGCUAGGAGGAGUAUGGAGGCCAACAUCAAAGGGUAUCACCAUCUUCGACUGGUUCUGCCAAUCCAACGGACUGUACCAGGAACAGAUGAGCGAGCUGCAGUGUCUCAUCAAUGGACCCCUGUUGUAUCUGGAGCGCGAUACCAAGACUGAUGUCUGCCACGUCGAUCGGGCAACAACUGAAGUCGUUUUCUGCCGACUGAUCGGCGUUGACGGUCGGGGAAAGAAGGGCCAUCUGUCAGAAGGCGCUGUAGGCAUCAGGAUGCAGCCCGAGCGCAAGAUCAACAACCGCACAUACCAUGAUACAUUCACAGGCUCAUCCGUGGCAGAGUGGCUACGAGACAACACAACAUGUGUCGAUCUACGUGAAGCUGUCAACAUGGCAACCCACUUUGUCCACUACAACCUCAUCGAGUCAGUCAACGCCGACAUGGUCUAUAUGAACCAGUUUGCCGCCUGCAAGCUCUUCCAGCCCACACCCGUCGCCAUCUACCAGCUCUCUGAGCGUGGCCAGGACCUCGUCGAAACCAGCUCCUCCAGCCGCGGCUCAUCACAAGGCAAGACCGACUCUUCAUCAGCAAAGGGCGGCAUCAAUGAGAGCAACCGACACAAGCUUGAGAAGAUCCUGCUUGAUCCCACACUACGUCUACUGUUCCGCGAGAACCUCCGUGAGACAUACUGUGAGGAGGGACUUGCCUUCUAUGAGCAAGUCGACGUUAUUAUCCGUGAUGCUAAAUCCCUACUCGAGAGCGAAAACAAAGAAACAGAAAUGAACGAGCUCCUAUCAACAUCUCACGUCAUCUUCAACACCUUCCUCGCUCCAGGUUCACCAAGAGAGGUCAACGUGAACCAUAAGAUCCGAUCAAGCCUCAUGCAGCGCAUGACACAGGCGCAGUCCCUUGACGCGACAGUGGCAGACACAUUGAAAGAGGUGACUUCUUUGCUUGAGACCGCCCAUGAUGCGGUCUUUAAGCUGAUGGCUACCGACUCUGUACCCAAGUUUCUAAACAACCCCGCAGCCGAAAGCCGACUGGUGCAGGCUGGUGUCCGAUAA